UACUAAAUAUAUACAUACAGGCAAAGGGAGACUCCUCAUAAAGGUUAUCAGGCCAGCGAUCACUUGAAAUUGACAGUCCUACCUCAGAGAUCUCGUUAUCUGCGAUGGUGUUUCCCUGGUCAGGAGGUCCUGGAGCCCGGCGACUGCUGUUGUCGCUUCUGCUCCUCGCAGCAGGGGAGGCGGGGAGCGGCCAGGUCCACUACUCCGUCUCCGAGGAGGCCAAACACGGCACCUUCGUGGGCCGCAUGGCGCAGGACCUGGGGCUGGAGCUGGCGGAGCUGGUGCCGCGCCUGUUCCGGGUGGCGUCCAAAGGCCGCGGGGACCUUCUGGAGGUAAAUCUGCAGAAUGGCAUUUUGUUUGUGAAUUCUCGGAUCGACCGCGAGGAGCUGUGCGGGCGGAGCGCGGAGUGCAGCAUCCACCUGGAGGUGAUUGUGGACAGGCCGCUGCAGGUUUUUCAUGUGGAGGUGGAGGUGAGGGACAUUAACGACAACCCGCCGGUGUUCAGAGAAGGAGAACAAACGGUAUUUAUUUCUGAAUCUGCACCUUUGGAAUCUCAUUUUCCUCUAGAGGGCGCUUCCGAUGCGGAUAUCGGCGUAAAUUCUCUUCUGGCCUAUAGGUUAAGCCUAAAUGAAUAUUUUACUCUUAAAAUAACAACGAAAAACGAUAAAAGUGUAUUGCCUGAACUGGUUCUUCGGAAGUCAUUAGAUAGAGAGGAAACGCCAGAACUUAACUUAUUGCUGACCGCCCUGGAUGGCGGUAAACCCGAGCUAACAGGAUCUGUUCAGAUUCAAAUAACCAUCCUGGAUGUGAAUGACAACGCUCCGGAGUUUGAUAAGCCUGGCUAUAAAGUAGCGCUGUUUGAAAAUGUCCCAAACGACACGAGAGUGAUUCAACUAAAAGCUUCUGAUCUAGACGAAGGACUGAAUAGAGAAAUUUCCUAUGGAAUCAGAAUGAUUUUGCCAGUGAGUGAGAAGUGUAUGUUUUCAAUAAAUCCAGAAACAGGUGAAAUAAGAGUUUAUGGGAAACUGGAUUUUGAAGAGAAUAGUGAGUAUGAAAUUCAGGUUAAUGCCAUUGAUAAAGGGAUCCCUUCCAUGGCAGGUCACUGCACAGUCCUGGUGGAAGUUCUGGACCUGAACGACAAUGCCCCUGAGGUAAUGGUCACUUCGCUGUCGCUCCCUGUGCGAGAGGAUGCUCAGGUGGGCACCGUCAUCGCCUUGAUCAGCGUGUCCGACCUUGACUCUGGCGCCAACGGGCAGGUGACCUGCUCAGUAACACCCCAUGUCCCCUUCAAGCUGGUGUCCACUUUCAAGAAUUACUAUUCACUGGUAUUGGACAGCGCUUUGGACUGCGAGAAAGCGGCGAAUUAUGAGCUGGUGGUGAUAGCGCGGGACGGGGGAUCGCCUUCGCUGUCGGCCACCGCCAGCGUGUCCGUGGAGGUGGCCGACGUGAACGACAACGCGCCGGCGUUCGCGCAGCCCGAGUACACGGUGUUCGUGAAGGAGAACAACCCGCCCGGCUGCCACAUCUUCACGGUGUCUGCGCGGGACGCGGACGCGCAGGAGAACGCGCGGGUGUCCUACUCGCUGGUGGAGCGGCGGCUGUCGCUGGUGGAGAGCGGCCAGGCGCCGAAGGCCUCGUCACGUACGUCGGUGGGCGCCGCGGAGACGGCUCUGGUGGACGUCAACGUGUACCUGAUCAUCGCCAUCUGCGCUGUGUCCAGCCUGUUGGUGCUCACGCUGCUGCUGUGCAUGGUGCUGAGGUGCUCGGCGCCGCCCACCGAGGGCGCGUGCGGGCCGGGGAAGCCCACGCUGGUGUGUUCCAGCGCGGUGGAGAGCUGGUCGUAUUCACAGCAGAGGAGGCAGAGGGUGUGCUCUGGGGAGGGGCCGCCCAAGACCGACCUCAUGGCCUUCAGUCCUUGUCUUUCACAGUCACGAGAAGAUUGUUUAAAUCCUUCCAGUGAAGUAAGUCAUUGA